AUGCCACAUUCCCAUCUCCCAGGCAGCAAGCCGUCCAGCAUCCUGCUCCACACAGCGCUAAUGGGCAGUCUCCUCCUGGGUCGAGGAGUCGACUAUACGACCGGGAUGCAUCGGCGCGGUUCACCAUACAAGAAGGAGAGCUACUCCAAUUUUAUGUCGAGAAACUGGGUCCAUGGCCUAGCAUUACGGUGCUCUUUGCUCCUAUACGCCAUCUUGGCCUGCUCGGCGCGCCUCAUCAGACUCCUACAAAAGGAUCGGCACCGACCGGACCUGGAAGAGGAUGAGGGCAAAUUCUAUCAGCAAUGUCUCCAGCGGCUCAUUCCCAUUCUCGAUGUGGAGAGUACCGAAGUGCACGACGAUGCAGUGCUCGCGACCAUCGGGAUCCUACGCAUGUCGGAGCAGUACGACGAAUACGACACCGACCAGCAAUUCCAUCUCGUGCCAGGGGCCUUCUCACGCGCCGGUACCCUGGAAUCGGCGAGCACCCUGCUGGGUGGCUUGCGAGAAGCCACUUUCUUCUCCUACGUCCGCGCCGACAUUCGCAUGGCCAUCUUGGGCCAACGAGGGACAAGGCUUCAGCUAGACUUGUGGCCGUUCGACAAUGGUUGCCCGAGCAGCGAUGCCGACUGGACGCAUAGGAUGACCUGGCUCCUUGUGCACGCGAUCAAUCUACUUUAUGCUCCCAGUUCGCCCGGUUCAUUCACCCACGAGAAAUUAGCCAGGCUUGUGGAUGAGUGGCAAAUGGGCAAACCGACCACAUUCAAACCGUACUUCUACGACUGGCCUGAUAGGGAAGCAUUCCCUACCGUGAAGCUACUCUGUCCCUGGCAUAUUGUUGGUCUUCAGUUUUACCAUGCUGCCAAAAUACUCCUCGCAGUUGCCGGACCCGGCAGCUCUCAGCUUCAAGAUUUGGUGGGAUACAGCAAACUCGUCGAGGGAGGGAUUCUCCUACACUCACGCAUGCUUUGCGCCAUCUCCUUCUCCAACGACCAUUUUGGCUGCCGCAUCAACGCGUCUCACCUGGUGGCGAUGGGUGCUCAGUUCUUCACGGGAAGAGAGGAACAAUGGCGCGCGCUGGACUAUUUCAACGUCCUCCAAACGACAAUGGCAUGGCCAAGCGAGAUUUGUCAGGACAUGCUGCGAAAAGCAUAUUCUACUCGCGCCGAGACAACCUCGUAUACGUUUUAG